AUGAGUCUUUGGAAGGAAAUGAAUAAAGACGAACUUAAUAAGCAGUAUUCUCCAAGCUGCUGGUCACACCGAAUGGACAAGGAUACUGUAAUAGCAGCUCAUAUCAAAGAAAUGACUAAAGGGACUGAACAAGGUCGCAGUGUAGCUCAGACUUGGUUGGAUGUUGCAUACGGACAAGGAGAUGGUGAAACCUUAGAUGUUUAUCUCCCUCCAAAUCCAUCACCAGCACCAGCUCUGCUGAUUUAUUUUCACGGAGGUUACUGGCAGUUGCUGAGCAAAGACUUGUCUGGUUUCAUGGUGCCUCCAUUGACUAAAGCUGGAGUAAUUGUUGUUGCUGUUGAUUACACCUUGGCCCCAAAAGGUAAUAUGGACCUAAUUGUAUCUCAAGUCCGACGUAGUGUAGCUUUUACUGUGCAACAGUAUUCUUCUUUGAGUGGCGUUUACCUUUGUGGACAUUCUGCUGGUGCUCAUCUGGGAGCCAUGGUACUUUGUACUGAUUGGAAAGAGUAUGGUAUCUCUCCUGAUAUUAAAGGUGCUUUACUUGUCAGUGGGAUUUAUGAUCUCUGUCCAAUUGUUCAUACCAUUGUCAAUGAUCCUCUUAAGAUGACCGAGGCUGAUGCUCUCCGAAAUAGUCCGAUGCAAUUUUUGAAUGUCACGAAGCAGCUGAAUGGUAACUGUGAGAUCAUAAUCGCCGUGGCACAGCAUGACUCAGAUGAAUUUAGGAAACAAUCUCAAGAAUAUUACCAGGCUAUUAAGGCUGCUGGGUUGAAGGUCAGUUUUCAAGAUGUACCAAAUACAGAUCAUUUUGAUAUCAUAGAAAAACUAGUGGAUGAGAACUACUUUCUUACACAGGUACUGUUAAAAAUGGUGACUAGAAGAUGAAUCAAUUUCCACAGAACUACAAGAGCAUAACUGUCCCCUCAUUGCUACAGAAAGAACUGUAGAUAUUCUUAGUU